AUGAAUGUCAUUGCAAAAAAUAUGGAAACAUUUAAGAAAGAUAUUGUUUUGGAGUUGAAGAAUGUCAUUGCAAACAAUAUGGAAACAUUUAAGAAUGAGAUUGUUUUGGAGUUAAAGAAUGUAGCAAAAAGGGAAUGUACUGGACAUACCAUUGAUUUGGACCUAAAUGAUAUUGUAGAAGACCUUAAAAAUGAGACAAAGGUUCUGCCUAAGAAAGAGUCUACAUCUCUAGUCCAAGAAAAAAUGAACCACGAUGAUACAGUUCAUGUUAAAAAAGAAUCUAAGAAAGAGUCUACAUUUCCAGUUCAAGACAAAAGGCACCAAGAUGAUACAUCCAAACCUAUUUGUUUGGAGUUAAAGAAUGUAGCAAAAAGGGAACAUACUGGACAUACCAUUGAUUUGGACCUAAAUGAUAUUGUAGAAGAGCUUAAAAAUGAGACAAAGGUGCUGCUUAAGAAAGAGUCUACAUCUCCAGUCCAAGACAAAAUGGACCAAGAUGAUACAGUUCAUGUUAAAAAAGAAUCUAAGAAAAAGUCUACAUCUCCAGUUCAAGACAAAAUGCACCAAGAUGAUACAGUACCCAUUAAAAGAGAAUUUAAGAUGGUGUCAUCAUCUCCAAUACAAGACACAAUAGAGAAUGACCGUAAUGUUCACAUGGUUGGGCUAAGCAAAUCCAUUAAAGAACCUGGUAGCAAAACAGUCCUAUCUCGUAAUGUGGAUGUGGAUAUGCUACAAUUAACUUUCCCACAUAACAAUAGAAUUAUUGCAUCAUGUGUUACACAUUCUGCCAAGAGUAAAGUCACUAAAUCUCUAAAACGUAGCCCAAUUGUCACCUCCCAAGUUGUAGUUCCGAAUUUGAAAAAGAUGAAAAAAAUCAAAGAUACGUCUCAGGAAUCUAGACUGGUUGAUGAGGAGAGUAUCAAUGAGUUCGCACCAUUUACUGAAUUGGAGAAGAUCAUAUGCAAUUAUAUUUUCAAUAAGGAUCUAGAUGGGAGGCCCAGCAGAAAGGUCCAGUUAUCCUACGCCCUUCUUGGAGCUUCCUUAAAUACACAGACAAGUGUAGGGCAUUGA